GUUGUCUUAUACGCUCGAACCCUGCUCACUUUGCAAUUCUCCCCCCAUCAAACACUACCAUGUUCCAUGCCUUUCGUCGAUGCGCUGUCCACAUGCGGCGCAAUACGGCAACCUCGAGACGAUUGAACACGGGCAAUCCCCAAGAAGCGGCCGAGGGGGCGACUGCUGCUGGUCGUCACAGCCCGACGCCGCCAUCACAGGGCGAGCUCAAAUGGGCUCGUCGACUGAACGAGCUGGAAAAGAAGUUCAAGGGCUUUUCGACGGGAGAGCAUGCCGAACGCCAUUGGGGGUACAAGGGUCCGUUUUGGGGGUUUCUGGGAGGGGUAUUUGUUGGUUGCCUUGCCCGCCCAGGGAAGGAGUCAAAACACGACGCGGACGAGUUCCGACGCCUCCGAAACGUCGCGCGGGAUCUGCAAGACGAAUCCUGGGAGCUGAAGAAUCGAUUGACGCUGAUUCAACAGUCCAUUGACCAACUUCGAGUGGCGCAGCAUCAACAAGUCAUUCCCCCUCGCUCGCAUAACUAAGCCAACAAACUUAAAGAACGAUCGUAGGAUCCUUUGAAGCUUACAGGUCAUGAAACCAAAUGCGUUGUAACUUAGGCUUGACUUCAGAGUGUGGUAUGAGUAGUAAUCAACUCGAAUACUACAUAGUACACGCAGCUAGUACGCGGCCGAGGCCAUUAAGUGCCCGCUGAGUGAUCAUAACUUUACAGCGUAAUAUCAAUAUCAACAUCGAAUACUGUAUUAAUA